AUGGCAUCCGAAGCUACGCCACGCGUGAAUGCCAAGUACCUUGAGACCUUUACAAAUCAAACAGUCCGCAUUCUCGGCAAAGUGACGUCGCUCAGAGGGGAGCUCGCUACAAUCGAUGCACAGGGGAGCGUCAACGUCACACUGAAUAGGGAUGCGCACUUGCAAAUGGGAAAUGCCGCUGAGAUUGUGGGAAAGGUACAGCAGGAUUUGAGUGUGCGCGCUUUCCAGGCUGUAGACUUCGGAAGCAAUAUUGGUGAGCUCUGUCCUGAAAGAAUGGAAGACGCUCAAUGUGCUAAUCAACAUGCUUCAUGUUCAGACUUCAAUGCUGUUGAAGCCGUCGUGGAUGCGACACAUCGGUACAAGGAGAUAUUUUAUGAGAGCGGUGAUUGA